AUGGCUAUUCUCAGUGAGACCCGUAUUCGCCUUCGUGAUUAUCAAGAAGAAUGUAUCCAAGCUGUCUUGAAUUCGCUCGAAAAUGGCCAUAAGCGAUUAGGAAUAUCAUUGGCUACUGGCGCCGGGAAAACCGUCAUAUUCACUCAGUUGAUUGAUCGGAUCAAGAACGAUUCAAAUGAAGCCAGCCAGACACUGAUCCUGGCUCACAGGCGAGAACUUGUUGAGCAAGCAGCUCGCCACUGCACCUCUGCUUAUCCGCACAAAACGGUGGAAAUAGAAAUGGGCAACAUACGUGCCUCGGGAACUGCAGAUAUCACCAUCGCUAGUAUACAGAGUAUCAACUCCAGUGAUCGCAUCUACAAGUUCGAUCCUAAACGGUUUAAGCUCGUACUUGUCGACGAAGCACACCAUAUAGUUGCGCCUGGGUACUUGAGGACCCUAGAGCACUUCGGCCUUGACCAAAAGAGAAACGAUUCGCCAGCACUUGUCGGUGUAUCUGCGACUCUUUCUCGGACCGAUGGCCUUCGGUUGGGUGCUGCAAUUGAUGAGAUAGUUUAUCAUAAAGACUAUGUUGAUAUGAUAGGGGAUAAAUGGUUGUCAGACGUCGUUUUUACUACGGUCGAGUCGACUGCCGAUGUCUCACAGGUCAAAACCGGCAACAGUGGGGACUUUCAAACUCGUGAAUUGUCUAAGGUGGUAAAUACAAAACAAGUGAACGAAAUUACUGUUCGCAGUUGGCUCGCAAAAGCUUCAGGGAGGAAGUCUACCUUGGUUUUCUGCGUGGAUCUUUCACAUAUCGAUGGAUUGACUGAAACAUUCCGCCGAUUUGGUAUCGAUGCUAGGUUCGUGACGGGAGAUACUCCAAAAGUCGAAAGAGGCAAAAUCCUUGAUGCUUUUCGACGCCAAGAAUUCCCGGUGCUUAUCAACUGCGGCGUCUUUACUGAAGGAACCGAUAUUCCUAAUAUUGACUGCGUUAUUCUCGCACGACCGACUCGCUCCCGUAAUCUAUUGGUGCAGAUGAUAGGAAGAGGCAUGCGGCUUCAUCCAGACAAGACCGAUUGCCAUAUCAUCGACAUGGUCUCGAGUCUGUCCAUCGGCAUAGUGACGACACCCACUUUAUUCGGCCUCGACCCGUCUGAGUUGGUAGAGAAAGCAACCGUGAACGACAUGGCACGCUUGAAGAGCAGCAGAGAAACUGAAGACGUUAAAAUUUCUCGCAAUAUUAAUUUUGUAGAAUAUGAUUCGGUCUUCGACUUAAUCGCAGAUACAUCCGGCGAGAGGCAUAUCCGGGCAAUCAGUCAGAAUUCAUGGGUACAAGUUGGACAGGACAAGUGGGUGCUAUGUGGCCCGGGCGGAACCUAUAUCCGAUUGGAAAAGGGGAAACCACCAAAAAGUAAAGAGGAUGAAUUUGUAGCCUGGGAAGUCCGAGCUCUUCCCGCAGGCGUGUCGAAGUCUCGAUAUGCUUCACCUCGACGAUUACUCAACACAUCUACCUUCGCCGAUGCCGUCCACGGCUGUGACAAAUACGCAUCUGAACAGUAUCCCCGUCUUCUUAUCUCGAGACACCAGCGCUGGCGUAACGGACCACCUACAGAUGGCCAACUGGACUUCCUAAACAGGCUACGUAGGGAGGAUGAUAAACUAACGGCAACCGAUAUCACAAAAGGCAAGGCCGCAGAUAUGAUAACUAAAAUACGUCACGGCGCCCGAGGUCGCUUUGCUGCCCUUGACGCUGACCGAAGACGAAAGGAGAAGCGUGAGAGUUUAGGGCGGGAGAAAGAAAGAACGAUGCAUAUUCGGGAGCUGGUGUCUGUUGGACCUCUAUCAGCCUGA